UAAUUUAACUAAGUUAAAAUAACUUGUUUAAUAUUUUCUGAUAUUGUUAGGUGAGGCAUGCAGCAUCGAAAAAAGUCAACGCUGUAUUGGUAUUGCCGGAUUUAUAUAACAAACCAGUGGAUCAUUACGAUCUGUUGCGUUAUUUGAAGCAUAUUUCAGAUUAUGCUGAAAACAUGGCUAUAUGGUACCAUCACUGCCCCAAGUACUCGAACGUGCAAAUCGAUUUGAAGAAGUUCUUGAUGGAUGUCUCCGAGAUCGAAUCAUUCGUAGGCGUCGUGUUCGGUUCUGAAGUAAUGGACGAUAUUUUAGCUUCAGUUUCGAACUGUACAGUGAAUUUGGUCAUGUCGACAACGAACGAUAUUUUAACUGGAGCUACGCACGACUUCAAAUCGAUCAUGACGCCGGCAUUGAAUUUCCUCCCAAAUUUGGUGCACGAAAUCUUCAGAGCUGUGGCGGAGAACAGUUUGCCGGAGGCGAGGGAACUGCAGAAGAACCUGACGGACGUCUACGAAAUCCUCAGUCAUCAUGGUAAUCAUGUGUCCGCAUCGAAAGCAGCUAUGAACAUCCUUACCAAGGUUAACGUGGGUCAAGUGCGAAGGCCGUUGGUGGAAAUUUGGAAGAAACAGGUGGAACAGAUGCAGAAUGAACUGAAGGUUCUCGGUAUCUAUUGCGGCAAAAAUAAGUGAACCCGUAGUAAAGUUGCUUCAAAAUUUUAAUUUAAGUAAUUAUUAUUAUUACUAUUCGGUUAUUUUGUAUUUUAAUUUGUACAUUUUAUU